AGCUCUCCAUCAGUUUACUUUCAGCUGUUGCACUUGUCAUUUCUCUUCGCCACUAUAUAGUAUCCAAGAUCAAAAUGUCGACGAUUGUGAGGAAACUUAUCAGCACUGUAAAUGCUGCCAAGCCCGUGGCUCCCUACAAUCAGGCUGUGGUUGCCGAUCGCACUGUGUACGUUUCUGGCUGCCUGGGUCUCGACAAGGACACCAUGCAGUUAGUCCCUGGUGGACCCAAGGAGCAGACGGAAAAGGCCCUGGAAAAUCUUGAGGCUGUGCUCAAGGCAGCCGAUUCCGGAGUGGACAAAGUAAUCAAGAACACCGUGUUUCUGAAGGAUCUCAACGAUUUCGGAGCCGUUAAUGAGGUCUACAAGAAGGUGUUCAAUAAGGAUUUCCCGGCUCGCAGUUGUUUCCAGGUGGCCAAGUUGCCCAUGGACGCCCUGGUGGAGAUCGAGUGCAUCGCCUUGACCGGGUCCGUAGAAACCAAAACCGUGCAAUAGCAAUCAAAAAUCAGUAAACUGUGAAAAAUAAAGAUAAUUGAAGAUUAACAAGUAAAAAA